AAUUCCAGUGAGGUAAUGGGUGCAGUUAUCAUGAAUAAGGGUGAGGUACCUGGUAUUUGCACAAAUCAACAGGAACUUGGCUCGGAAACACGGUGUAGGUAACCUGGUUAGAAUACUACCCUCUGUAUAGACUCACAAUCCUGGUGCCAAUCAUACUCAGGGGGAGACAGAGAGAAAUUAAAUUUGAAAGAUAAGAAAUCAACUAAAUGCUGUCAUAUGACAGUAAUAUCGCAAGUGUUUGCCUUUCAGUGUACCCUAUAACACUAUAUCAUUCCAUCAUUCAUUUUACUUAAGAUGAUUUGGAUAUUACGUAAAUUGUAAGAGAAGUUCCGAGGAUCAGAGGGAGUGGAAAUAAUGUCGUUUUUACCCCAUAUGGGCCCCAGGGUGAAACUGAAAAUUCUGAAACCAUACUGCCCAUCCACAGGACACCACCAAUCAUCUUUCAAACGAUGAUUUCGCUACUGCGUAAAUUCUAAGAGAAGUUUUGGUUUUUAGAAUAAAACGUGAAUUUAUUUACUACUGAGUAAAAUGUAAGAGGAGUUACUAACCCUAACUUUGUAAGAGGAGUUCUGGGAACCAGAGUUUUGUAGAAAAAGCUUUCCGAAACCUUCCUCCGCAUCUACAGGGCAGCACAUCUUCCAAAGAUAAAAAAGUAAAGAUAUGGAACAGUGAUCAAUAAAAGUGAAGAGUAACCAAUCUCAUAAAUCCUGUAAGGAAUACAAAAUAGAGAGGGCCAAACACGGACCCUUGGAUAUACCAGCGGUGGGAUCAGGUGCAUAGGAGGAGCAAGGAUCUCCCGCCGACCGGUGACACCCGCCAACAAUAUACCAAUGAGAUUCAGGAAUGGAUGGAGGAAAACAAACUUUACUAUGAAACUCACAACUUUCCCUCAAUGAUGGAAAAAGUACGAAACCAAUCCUUCGUAACAUUUGUUGGUGUGCCAGGAUCUGGAAAGUCGGCCACAGCUCAUCACAUCGCCCUCACGCUCCAGGAGGAAGGCUAUGAAGUUGUACCAACCAGGAACAUCAAUAAAUUAGAAGAUUAUGGCGAUCCUUUGAAUCCACAGGUUUUUGUUAUUGAUGAUGUUGUGGGGGUGUUUGGCCUCCAAAACACAAAAUUAGAUGUGUUGACAGAUUAUAAAAGAAAACUAACAAAUCCAUGCAUGGAAAUGUCUAAAACUUUAAUGACAUGUAGAGAGACUGUGUUCAAUGAGAUACAAUCACACAAACCCUUUCUUACCGAAGAGGUAAAUGUGGUGAUGUUACAUAGUUCUGGGAAUGAAUUAGAUGAGAAUGACAAGAAACAAAUUCUUCAGAAGUAUUGUUUGGAUGUCAAUUUACUGUCGCCUUCAUUGCCGGCGUUAACAACCCGCAUGUUUCCUCUCCUCUGUAAAUUGUUUUCAAAUCAAAAUAAUUUCAAAGUUCUAGGUCAAACAUUUUUCAUGAAUCCAGUUCAGUGCAUUAUCGAUGAAUUUGGUGACAUGCAAAGUCAUAACAAACUAAAUUAUGCAACUCUUGUUUUAUGUAUGAUGAAUGGGAAUUGCCUCUCAAGAGACGUUUUUGAGAAUACAUAUUUUGCUGGCAAAAAAAGAAAUUUGUUAGAAAAAUGUAGAUUAGAGGCUCAUACUGAUACAUUCAAGUUCAUGGAUGCCUUGUCAGUAAUGGAGGGGACAUACACGAAACAGUGUAUUGAUGGCCGAUACUCAUUUAUGCAUGACUCUAUGUAUGAAUUAUGUGCCUAUCAUUUUGGCAAACAAUUUCCUGACCAAAUAUUGUUGCACAUGAGUAGUAGUUAUAUUGCUAAUUUUGUAAAACCACAAGCACUUGAAACAAGUAUCACGAAAAGGGCAACGAAACAAGUUGUUGCUCAAUCAUAUGAGGCUAAUGAGAGUAGCAAUGAUAGAAGUAAGGAAGGAGAUGAAUGUGAAGAAAGCAAAGAGAACAAUAAUGAAAACGGUGACAGUGGGGGAGGUUUUGAUCUGUGUAUAAGGUUACGCGAGGACCAGUACGCACUAUUGGCUGAGAGAUUGUACAGAGACAUACAGAACAUGGAGUUGUUUGAUGUCUUUAGGAAUAAUGUUUUAAAACAUUCCAAGGUGUGCGAAGCUUUCAUUGCCGAGCUGAAUACAAAGUCGUACACAGAAUUGAAAUCCUUAUUUCUCUCCAAACACGAGAAUGUCGAGAAGAUCAUGACAAAACAAGCGAGUGUGUUAGACGAUAGCGAGGAUUGGGAUCAGUGGAAUGAGAAGAGGGAUAGACAGAGGCUGCUGGUGGAUGCAGGAAGGGGUGUAGCGACAGAGGGUGUGAGAGCGAUCAGCUGGGUGAUUUACUAUGGACACAUUAAGAUACUACAGUACAUUGUAGGACUAAUUCAACAACACGAAGAAAUCAGUGAAUUAUUUAUGAAUUCCAGACAUGAACAGGAAUACUCUUCUAUGCAGAAGAAGGAGAGUACAGGUGCUACAAAUAGGCUACCAAAAGACCAGUCUUUAUAUUAUGAUUCAGCAUUGGAGCAGAACAGAUUACUUCUUUUGGGUUGUUAUAGUGGUGAUGUAGAAACAGUUCAAUUAAUUCUGUCACAAAUAGAUAAAAAGCCAAUUGAAAAAAACGGUCAGUACGGUGAAGGUUAUGUUUUCUGUUCACCACUGACAGUCGCAUGUAAGGGAGGACACGCGAGUAUAGUGAGAGAAUUGGUGAAGGCGGGCACAAAUAUCAAUCAAGAAGAUGAGAGGGGGAAUACACCACUGGUACUUGCAUGCGAAGGUAAGCAUUUGAGAGUGGUGGAAGAGCUAGUAAAGGCGGGAGUUAAUGUCAAUUUGCAGGACAAAUGGAAUUCACCCCUGGUAGCUGCAUGUAGUGGAGGAUUUGAGGAUGUAGUAGAGGUGCUGGUGAAGGCAGGAGCUCAUGUUAACUUAAUAGAUGAAAAUAAUAAAACACCACUGAUACGUGCGUGUUAUGAAGGAAACGUAAGUCUUCUCAAUGUGUUGAUAAAGGCUGGGGCUGAUGUAAACAUAAAUGACGGAAAUAGUAAAUCACCAUUGAAAGUUGCAUGCAGUAGAGGACAUCUAAGUAUAGUGAAAGAGCUAAUUAAGGCGGGAGCUAAUGUUAAUCUCGAUCUUGGAAAUGCGAAAACACCAUUGGUAACUGCAUGUUAUGAAGGACACCUCAGUGUGGUGAAGGAAUUGGUGAAGGCGGGAUCUGAUGUCAACCUGCAAAUCGAAUAUGGAAAUACAGCUCUGGUAAGUGCUUGUAGGGGAGGACAUGCAAGUGCUGUGGUGGAUUUGGUAAAAGCUGGCGCUAAUGUGAAUCAACGUGAUGGGUUUGGGAGAACACCAAUAAUUGUUGCAUGUAAAGGAGAGUAUAUUAAUGUGGUAGAGGAGCUGAUGAAAGCGGGUGUUAAUGUCAAUCUACAGGAUGGACUUGGGACUACACCACUGGUAACUGCAUGUGAAAGGGGAUAUAUUGUGGUAGUUGAAAAACUGUUGACGGCGGGAGCUGAUGUCAAUCUUCAGACUAGAGAAGGAAUAAUACCACUGGCUACUGCAUGUUUUUGGGGACAUGUGAAUGUGGUGAGGAAGCUAAUAAAGGCAGGGGCCAGUGUCAAUCUUCAUGACAAAAAUGGCAAAACAGCAUUGGUAACGGCAUGCUAUGGAGGACAUGUGGAAAUGGUGAAGGAGCUGGUAAGUUCAAGGGCUGAUGUCAAUCUAAAGGAUGAUGACGGGAAAACACCAUUGACAACUUCUUGUUUUGAAGGACAUAUAACAGUGGUUGAGGAACUGGUAAGGGAAGGGGCAAAUGUUAAUCUACGAACUCGAGAUGGAAAUUCACCACUAAUAUCUGCGUGUUUUGGAGGACAUCCGAGUAUUGUGGAGAAGUUGAUACAUUCGGGGGCCGAUAUCAAUAUGAUGAAUAACCGAGGAGUUUCGCCACUGGUCACUGCAUGCUUUAAAGGACAUUUAGAGGUGGUGAACAAGCUGGUGAAAGCUGGAGCACAUGUUAAUCAACACGAUACAAAUGGAAAUACACCACUCGGAUCUGCAUGCUUUGAAGGACAUGCGAGUUUAAUAGAGGUGCUGGUGAAGAUGGGGGCUGAUGUCAAUCUAUGUGAUGGCAAAGGGAAAACACCUCUGAAUGUUGCGUGUUUUAAGAAACAUUUAAGUGUAAUAAGGGUGCUGGUGAAAACAGGGGUUGAUGUUAAUCAUCAGAAUGGAAAGCGGGGAAUAGCACUGGUUGGUGCAUGCCAUAAAGGUGAUCUCAGUGUGGUGGAGGAGUUGUUGAAGUCAGGUGCUCAUGUCAAUCUACAGAAUUGGAAUGGAGAAGUACCACUGGUAACAGCGUCUUUUAGAGGACAUGGAAGUAUAGUGAAACAGUUGGUGCUGGCGGGGGCUUAUGUUAAUAUGCAGGAUGGAGUUGGGAAAACCUCUCUGGUAAGCGCAUGUUUUAGAGGGGAUGACAGUGUAGUGGAUGAGUUGUUGAAGUCGGGGGCUAAUGUCAAUCUGCAUAAUGGAGACGGGAAAACACCACUGGUAACAGCAUCUUUUAAAGGACAUGUAAGUUUGGUGAAGAAGCUGGUGCAAGCAGGAGCUGAUGUCAAUCUGCUAAGCGAACUUGGUGAAACCUCUCUGGUAAGUGCAUGUUUUGGAGGGCAUGACAGUGUAGUGGAUACGUUGUUGAAGUCGGGGGCUAAUGUCAAUCUGCAUAAUGGAGACGGGAAAACACCACUGGUAACAGCAUCUUUUAAAGGACAUGUAAGUUUGGUGAAGAAGCUGGUGCAAGCAGGAGCUGAUGUCAAUCUGCUAAGCGAACUUGGUGAAACCUCUCUGGUAAGUGCAUGUUUUGGAGGGCAUGACAGUGUAGUGGAUACGUUGUUGAAGUCGGGGGCUAAUGUCAAUCUGCAGAAUGGAGACGGGAGAACCCCACUGGUAACAGCAUCGUUUAAAGGACAUGUAAAUUUGGUAAAAACGUUGAUAGAGACAGGAGCUGAUGUCAAUCUGCAAAACGGACUUGGCGAAACUCCUCUGGUAAGGGCAUGUUUUGGGGGGUCUGACAAAGUAGUAGACGAGUUGGUGAACUUAGGAGCUGAUGUUAAUCUGCAGGAUAGAGCCGGGGAAAUACCAUUAGGAGCAGCAUGCCUUAAAGGACAUGUACAUGUUGUUGAGAAGCUAGUACAGAAUGGGGCUGAUGUCAAUCUACGAAAUAAAAAAGGAAUCACACCACUUCAAACUGUAUGUUAUAAGGGAGAUUUUAAGGUAAUAGAAGAGCUAGUGAAAGCAGGGGUCAAUGUCAAUCUGCAGGAUGGAAACGGGAGAACGCCACUAGUGACUGCAUGUUUUAUAGGACAUGGGGGUUUGGUUAGAGAACUGUUGAAAGCGGGAGCUGAUGCCAAUUUGCGAGAUAGAAAUGGGAGAUCGCCACUAGAAACUGCCAAGGAUAGAAUAUAUAUGAAUAUAGUUGACGACCUAUUGAGGGCAGGCGCAAACUGAAAUAUACAGAACAUAGUAUGCGCCAGUGGUAACAGCAAGUAGAUGGAAAUCUGAUGAAAAACUAGAAGCCGCGGAGGCUGAUGUCAGUUAGCAUAACAUAAAGAGGAAAAUUGUUUGAAUCUCUGAUCCAUGAUAUAAUUAAUUGCUAUUCAUGUCUCAGUAAAGUAUGGAGUAUUUUAACUGCUGUGUGACAUUACAAAUUAUAUGAAGGAAUAUUAUACCGGUGUAGAUAUAGUGGAUACUUGGCGUAUACAUUCCUUGUAUAAAGAGGCAGUAGAGACUAGCGAUGAUGUGAUAGUGAAAGAGAGGAUCGUAGUAUAAGAAAAACUUUGUUUGGACCUUAAUGAAAGAAAAUCUCAAUCAACUAAAUCACCUGUUAUGUAUUGGUAUGGAUGCUAAUCGGUGGAUAUUUCUGUCCACGGAUGACUCUGAUUUAAAUGAUGUUGAUGUGAGAUAUGUUGGCAAUGAGGUUGGUGAGAGAUUUGAAUAGUUUGAGUUUGGUGUGACUGAAUCUGGUAAUGCGACUGGUAUAAAUCAAUUUUGUGGUGAUUUGAGUUUCUUUUGAAUGAUUGCCGAUUAUUAUGAUGUUACUUAUUUUGGUGAUUUUAUUGUACUAAUGACUUAAGUUUGAUGAUGUUGUUGAUUAGAUGUGACUGGUAAGUCGUAAAACGUUUGUUGCAUACAAUGACCGAUGAAUUUCAUUGUUAUUUACUGAGCGAAUUGAAAUCGUAAAAAGAGAGAUACUGGCCCGUAUUGACUCUAUAAUAGGGUGGGACACACUGACUUGGGUUUGAGUACUGACAAAAGUGUUAUUCGUAGAGUAAUUGAUGAUCAUAGUACAAGAGAGUGAUACUUGAAAUCAAUAAACGUAGCAGAGAAUACUCUGCAUUACCCCCAGAUGAGUAUUUUUAUUUCCUAUGUAAUUUGUAAGAUAUGUUUUGAUUGAUCAGCAAUCCGGAUGUAAAUUUUCAUACACCCUGUUGAAGCUGCGUGUAGAAAACAUUACAUCACAUUGCAUUUUCUACAAUAAAUUGAUAAUCAUAUUUCCAAACAUCUAUGUUCCAGGGGUCCGUGUUUCCUCUUAAAUUUGUAUUCUUUGUGGGGAUUGUGAGCUUGAUCACUGCUCGUUAUCUUCACCUUUCCAUUAUAACAAGUUCAAUAAAAUAAAUACAAAUUUUAUGUCAAUGAAAUUAUUCAUAUGGAUAGAUUAGGCCUUUUUUCACUCAAGCGUACAAAACGGGAAAACCUUACGAAAUGUUUUACAAAACAACGAAAAGAUUUGUCUCAAAUACCUCGAUACUCUACGUAGUUUUAUUUGGUUACACAGGAAACAAAGUUAUCCAGGUCCAAUCAAAGAAAAACAUGGACUUGCCCAAUCUCUACCCAGAGUUAUCGUUCCCGCUACGCUCCACUAAUACCUCUGUCAACGUCUAAAAAGCAUAUCAAAAUGUACUAAAACUAACUUAGUAUAUCAAACUGUAAUGAUAAUAUCUAAGCAAAUCAAACACUUGUCUGAAUUUUUUAAAAGCAGUAGAUGGUAAAUAUGAGACACCUGAGCGAAUUAAAAGGUUCAUUAUUCAACAAUACUAGAAUAAUCAUGGAAUUUGUUGUUUUUGUGAACCUACUUUAAGAUUUAAAGCUUAAAACUUAAACUUGUAAAAUUAUUUUUUAUAUGAUGCAAUAGGUAAAAGUAAGUUUUGCCAAGAAUCUUGACAUUCAGACGUUGACAGAGGUGUUGUAGCGUAACGUAAUACGCCCUCUGGUGAGAGAUUGGGACUUGCCUCAUGGUAUAUGGAAUACAAACGGAGUAAAUUUCCCAUCACUCUUGAUUGGACCUGGAUGAUUAACAAUGCACAGUGCACUAUCUACAGGAUAAAAACGUACCUGAUAUUUAGGUCUCACGACGGGUGUGACCGGUUGACAGGGAAUGCUCACUACUCCUAGGCAACUGAUCCCACCUAUAGUAUAUCCAGGGGUCCAUGUUUGCCCAACUCUCUAUUUUGUAUUGAUUAUAGGAGUUAUGAGAUUGAUCACUGUUCUUUAUCUGCACAUUUCAUAAUGGAGAUUGCAUUCAACACAAUAUUUAUGUAUUUUUUCUCAGAGAUUUGUGAAGUAAAUCUAUUAUAGGAAAAAAAAUGUGAAAUUAAGGAAACAUGAAACAAACAAAAAAUGUUAACAUAACUAUGGAGUUCAAUACAGUCUGCAAGCUUACUAUAAAAAUAUAUUGAAACAUAUUGUUGAAAUGAGGUGUUUUGUAAUUCUGCUAUAUAUUUCUGUGAAGUGUAUUUGAGAUCCUUAUAUCUUACUGCAGUUGUUUGCUUACAUAUUGUUUGAUAUCGUUCUUUAGUUCUUAUCGUAAAAUAUACUGGUAUCCUGAUUGAAUUAUUUUGGGUCGACUGAUUGUCAAUGAUCUUCAAAGAAACACAGAUAUGUAUCCUAAUGGUAUUAGGAGUUCAGAAUGUUGGUAUGAUAUGUAUAUAUAGUUGAUAUAAUGCUACGAACAGGUCUCAGAUAAUCAACGGAAAUAUGAAAGCAAUUCUAUUCUAAUGUCUUGUAAAUUAACAUUGGCUACUCAAUAAAUGUUUUUUAUAUA